AGCAAGCAACUUUCGCGCUCGAUGACUCAUUCAUUUGUUUUCAACCCGCUCGAAGCGCAAUGAGUUCCUUCCACAAAGACAUCAACUGCGACGCGUGCGGCCAGCAAAACCUCGCGGGAACCCGCUACGCCUGUCUGGUAUGUCACGAUUACGACCUGUGUGAAAAUUGCCACCGACGGCGCAAUGCCCACCCGUUCCACCCGAUGCAGACGGUGCUGACGCAGCGCGACCUUGUCCUGCAGUACGCCGGCAAUGGGUCCUCCCCGGACGAACUCACCAUCUACCGGUGUCCGUACUGCAACCAGGACGGGUUCAGUCUGGGAACGCUGCUGAAACACGCCCGGGCGCUGCACCAGGACUGCAGCCAGAAGGUGCGCUGUCCGGCGUGUGUGACCUUCCGGACGGGACGGUACGGAACGCACCUGCUGGAUUGGAGUCUGGCCAUGCACAUCGAAAAUGCGCAUAUGCGGUUCGGGACAGACGUUGAGCUCAAGUUCAAGCUGCUGCAGUAUGCGGCAACCUCGCACUACAAGGAGAUUGCGACCUGGAAUGCCGAUAGUGAUGGCGCCAAGUGUACCAUUUGUUCGCUCGCGCUGGGUCAGGAUGCUGGGCUGUACCAGUUUCUGGACUGCGGACACGGAUUUCACCGGGCUUGUAUCGAGACGUGGCUCCGGGAUCGGACGGAUGAGGUCGCGUGCCCCAGCUGUCGGGAGCCGAACGUUUGAUUGUGGUUUAUUUCAGUUUCACAAAACUUUUUCUAAUAAAAAUCAAUGAGUAGUUCUUUAUGUUUUGGUGAA